CAUCCUGGAGCGGGCGCGGGGCUGCGGCCCGCAACCGCCACCGCGCUGGAACAGCAUCGUCCGCAUCGUGCGGCGGAACUGCCCCGACCGCCCGCCGCCAGAGGUGAAUAAGCUUGGUAUUGUUGCUGUGAGUAAUGCUUUGCCACAAGACAUUACAUGUUUGGCAGCGGACCGCAUGUUGAUAUUUGCUUCUUACGACAAUAUUCUCCAUGCUUUUGCCAGGAACAAAGAGGUGGUUCAUACCUAUGAAGGUCACAAGGCAAGGAUACAUCUUCUGCAGCCUUUUGGUGAUCAUGUAAUCUCUGUGGAUGUUGAUAAUGUUCUUAUUGUUUGGAAUAUACAGUCAGAAGAGGAGUAUCUUCAAGUGGAUUUUGAUAAGGCCACUUUUGCAGUUUCUGCAGUUCUGCAUCCCAGCACCUAUUUGAAUAAAAUUCUCCUUGGGAGUGAACAAGGGAGCUUGCAGCUGUGGAAUGUAAAAUCCAACAAGCUCUUAUACUCGUUUCCAGGAUGGCGCUCAGCGGUCACAACUCUUGAACAAGCUCCAGCAGUGGAUGUUGUUGCAGUCGGUCUUGUAUCUGGUCAUAUCAUUGUACAUAAUAUUAAGUUUGAUGAAACUCUGAUGAAAUUUCAACAAGACUGGGGUCCCAUCACAGCAAUAUCUUUUCGUACAGAUGGACACCCAGUAAUGGCAGCUGGUAGCCCAAUUGGACACAUUGGUUUGUGGGAUCUAGAAGAGAAGAAACUACUGUGUCAGAUGCAAGAUGCCCAUUCCACAGCAAUAGCUGGCAUGUCGUUUGUCCCUGGAGAGCCACUGCUUAUUACUAAUGGUGCUGAUAAUGCUAUACGGGUGUGGAUUUUUGAUGGACCUGGUGGUACAGGACGUGUAUUGAGAAGCCGAACGGGACAUAGUGCACCACCAACAAAAAUCAGAUACCAUGGGAAAAAUGGAGAGCAAAUUCUUAGCGCAGGUCAAGAUGGAACAUUGCAGUCUUUUUCAACAGUGCAUGAAAAGUUCAAUAAAAGUUUAGGACGUGGUUCAAUUAACAAGAAGAAAUCAAAAAAGAAAGGUCUUAAACUUGAUACGAUGGCACUUCCACCAAUUACAGUCUUUGCUUCAGAAGUGGCACAUCAGAGUGACUGGGAUGGUAUUGUUGCCUGCCAUCAAGGGUAUAUAACCUGUACAACCUGGAACUAUCAGAAAACUUCCAUGGGAGCUCAUAAACUGAGGCCAGAAGAAUUCAGCAAACAUAAGCCUAUAGAUAUAUACGCAACAGCAGUUGACAUCACCUCAUGUGGGAACUUUGCUGUAAUUGGGCUGUCAACUGGACAGGUAGAUGUGUAUAACAUGCAGUCUGGCAUUCACAGAGGGUGUUUCGGCAAAGAAAGAGCACAUGAAGGGGCCAUUAGGGGGGUAGCAGUGGAUGGAUUAAAUCAGCUGUUAAUCACAGCUGGUAGUGAAAGAUUAAUAAAAUUUUGGAAAUUUAAAACUAAAGAUCUGGUUUACUCCACUGAGCUUUCUUCUUCUCCGAGUGGAAUUCUGCUUCACAGAGACAGUGGUAUUCUGGGAAUUGCCUUUGAUGACUUCAGUAUUAGUGUUCUGGAUAUAGAAACCAGGAAGAUUGUCAGGACGUUCUCAGGACACCAUGGACGGAUUAAUGACAUGACUUUCAGUCCUGAUGGUCGUUGGCUAAUAACUUCGUCAAUGGACUGUACCAUUAAGACUUGGGACCUUCCAUCUGGAUGCCUCAUAGAUUGUUUUUUGGUAGACUCCGCAGCUGUGAGCCUUACUAUGUCUCCUACAGGAGAUUUUCUAGCGUCAACACAUGUGGAUGAUCUUGGAAUUUAUUUGUGGUCAAAUCGUUCUCUAUAUUCACUUGUCUCUUUACGGCCCCUUCCGGCAGAUUAUGAACCUUCUAUGGUGACACGUCCUAGCACCUGCCCUGUGCAAGAUGUGGAUGUGUCAGGAGAUGAAGAAACAUGUGAUGAAAUGAUAGAAUAUGUCUCACCUGAGCAACUGGGAGAGCAGCUAGUGACUCUUUCUUCAUUACCAGAAUCAAGGUGGAAAAAUCUCCUCAGUCUUGAUGUUAUCAAGAAAAAAAAUAAACCAAGAGAGCCACCAAAAGUUCCCAAGUCGGCACCUUUCUUCAUCCCAACAGUUCCUGGUCUUAUACCCCGAUACAUUGCUCCAGAGGAAGAAAAUGAUACACAGUCAAAGGUAGUAAACCUUGGAGUACUGGCACAGAAAUCUGAUUUCUACAUUCGUCUUGAAGAAGCCCUGAGCACUAAUGAAUAUACAGCUCCACUUAACUUACUGAAAACCUUGGGACCAUCUCAUAUUGAGAUAGAACUAAGGGGUUUGGCCCCUGAAGGUGGUGGCUCAACAGAGGUGAUGCUAAGCUUUUUGAGAAUGAUCGGGAUGAUGCUGAACAAGAAGUACAACUUCGAACUUGCUCAGGCGUAUCUUGCACUAUUUUUAAAGUUACACCUUAAGGUUCUCUCAUCAGAGCCAGACCUAUUGGAAGAAGUAUCCAGAUUGUCAACGCAACUCGAGGAAACUUGGCUUCAUUUGCAGACUCUCUUUAAUCAGAGUCUAUGUGUAUUAACAUAUAUGAAAAGUGCUUUGCUGUAAAAUACUUCAGGGUUUUGUCUAUAUACAAUAGUAGCAACAAAUAAUAGUAAAAGUUAUUAACAAAAAUACUGGAUUCCAAGAAUUCUACUGGGACUUUUGAUACUGUAUUUUGUACAUCUGUGUAUGGCAAAGUAUUUUAGAACAAACAUAACUGCGUGUUUUUACUCACUUCAGUUGGAACAAAAAUAAAUAUGUGCAGCUUAAAUAUUCAUGUUGUAUUAGUUUGUGCUGUCAAUGAGCAAAGAGUUGGACAGCUAUAGGUAAUGUAGCUAGUUAUCUUAUGCUUUCAUGACCAAAAAUGGAAAUGGGAAUGAAGAAACGACUUGCAAAAAAAAAAAAAAAAAAGUGGGAAUAAUGUAAUUUCUGUGCAGGAGACCAAAACCAGUUUUGUGCUUAAUAAACAGUUAUUAUUGAUGCAAAAAUAAAGCCAAAAGAAUGAAUUCUCCUCACUUUGGCAAGCUGUGUUCACUAUUUUGCCUCACACACCUUUUUCUGAAAGCAGAGAUUUCUAGCUAUGCUACAAAUGAUGGACGUUGAAAAAAAGGGAAACAGAACUAAAAAAACCCACCCAUUUUUUCUAACCAGGUUUCUUGCUCUUAAUUUUGGAGGCUCAAUAUCUUACGAAAAUUAGGAUUCUUUUCUUAAAGAGAUAAAGAUUACUGGAAUAAAAGCUUUGAGUUGUGGGGAAAUUUUAAUUUAAUCAUGUUAUUUUUGUGAAUUCAUGCUUAGGUUUCAAGUAACGUUUUGGCAGAGUUUGGGAACUCAUGAAUGGGAUUAUCUUGAACUUUGUGUAUGGAAUUCUGCCUUAACAGCAGAAGAAUCUCCUGAACAGCGCCUUUGCUGCAAUCCACAUGCUCCAGCUACAGGCACAGGCUAACAGAGCAACUAAUACAAAUCUAUGCAAUUUUGAUAAGAGACAUGAAAGAUGAGUUCUUUGCAUUUGGCAUAAGACUGAAAUAAUAAUUUUUUUAAUGCCAUCAUGUUACGGAAUUCUUUUUAGUCGCGUAUCCUGCAAUAAAUUAUCUGCAAACAUGCAUGUGCAGUGUAGAGUAUGGGAUACUCCCUAAAACAAGCGACAGUUCCAUAUUUAUCAUGAGAUCAGCAUCCUUUUGGCUGCUCAAAUUUGCAAGAAAAGCCAUCAAGGUUGUGAAAGAAGCACAGAGGUGAUGGGAAGUCAGUUUUUACAGCUUCUCUCUGUUGUUCUGGCUGUUCUUGAUCCAUAACUUUGACUCCUGUUAAAGCUUGAAGAGAACGGAGAAAUACUAUGAAAGUUUACAGACUGUGGCAUUCUAAGCAGUUAGGACUGAGAGUGUGUUGCCCAUGGGAAUGAUGUAUGCCUAGGUUUUUUUUAUUAAGUUUACUAUUGAGAUUUAAGAAAAUGCUUUGUACCAUUGAAUUAUUAGCUUCUGGUGAUACCCAUUACUCCCAAUUUCUUGAAUUUGUCUGAAGCAGUCCAAAUCCCUCAAACUUCAAUGUAAUAUAUAGUAAACCUCUGAGCUUAUAGGUGUUACUGUAACUAAUUUAGAAGAUCUUAAAGAUUCAUUUUUUGAACCAAGACAUCAGAAUAUUAAAAGAUGAGUAAGUUGGUAGUUACAGACCUGCCGUAGUAGAGAAAGGAGCAGUGAGUAAAGAACUUUCCUCUUGGAUCAGAGCAACGGGGUGUCAAGGCUAGUGUUCUGGUCUCCAGCUGGAGCAAGGGACAGCUACAAAGGUCAUGUAUGAAGUGAUUCUUCUCAAGCGCAUCACACCAGCUUUCAGCAGACAGCUGUUUAGAUACUUCAUGACCCAGAUGUAUUAUAACGGUUGUGUUUAAUAUUCUGUGACAGACCUGUUUGUUGUCUCUGAGUUCCUCUAAUCUCUUUUAGAGCCCAUUUAUCCUUCACAACAUCCUGUAGUAAUGGGACCUACAAUUGAAUUAAAUACUAAGGGAAAUAAUGUAUUUCUGUUUGUAUUCUCCAGACCUGCUAUCUUCUAAUGUUGUAUGCCCCUCCUACUUCUUGAAUGUGAGAAUUAAUAUUUGUGCUCUAGUCUUUGUGCUUCACUGCCUCGGUCACAGAGCAGUCGUGAAAUGGUUUCUACUUGAGAAGGCAAUACUUCAUUUUUCUGAGCACACACGUGUUUUUUCACUCACAUAUAAGAACUUGUUUUGGGCACAGGUGUUUAAGAGUUGCUGACAAAACUUGUAGGAUUUAUAGAGAAAUUGUGUUUUUUCUUUCCUUUUUUUUUUUUUUAUCUACUUGAUGUAAUCAGGAGAAAAAACACAUACGUUUAGCCAAACAGACCAUUCCUCUGAAAGCUAUUUUGCGAACAAUAUAUGUUUAACAUUGUGGAUACAGUAUUUGCAGUCUGAAUAAUCUCAUUAAAUAUGUUAAUGCAGUUUC